AUGUCGUCCAGCUCCCCGCCGGGCGAGCCCAAGAGCCGCAGCCUGGGCCGGCUUUCGCUGCCCAGGAGAGGCAGCAUGACGCCCGGCAAGAAGGCGGCGGCGCUGGAGCUGGCCGAGAGCGCCCCGAACGCCCACUACGCCCCGCUGGCGGCCGCGCAGGGCGGGCAGGCGCCCGCAGGAUGCGGCCCCGCGCCGGAGCGGGAGCGGGAGCGGGCGCCGCGCCUGCGGAGCGAGGUGGUGGUGGUGAGCGCCGACUGCCCGCGGCCCCCCAUCAGCCUGGACCCCCGCGUCUCCAUCUACAGCCUCCGCAAGCCCCUGCUGAGCCGCAGCAGCGUCCAGGGCAGGGUCUACAACUUCUUGGAGCGGCCCACGGGAUGGAAGUGCUUCGUGUACCACUUCACCGUCUUCCUUAUUGUGCUGAUAUGCCUUAUCUUCAGUGUGCUUUCUACAAUUGAGCAGUAUGCAGCUCUUGCUACCGGGACGUUAUUUUGGAUGGAAAUUGUGUUAGUGGUAUUCUUUGGAACAGAGUAUGUGGUUCGGCUAUGGUCAGCAGGAUGCCGCAGUAAAUACGUUGGAAUAUGGGGAAGGCUUCGUUUUGCUAGGAAGCCUAUUUCAAUCAUUGAUUUAAUUGUAGUUGUUGCCUCCAUGAUAGUUCUUUGUGUGGGCUCUAAAGGUCAAGUCUUUGCAACCUCUGCUAUCAGGGGCAUCCGUUUCCUGCAGAUUUUACGGAUGCUGCACGUUGACCGUCAGGGUGGUACCUGGAGGCUGCUGGGAUCAGUGGUAUUCAUACACAGACAGGAACUGAUAACUACACUCUACAUUGGAUUUCUGGGCCUGAUUUUUUCCUCUUAUUUUGUGUACCUGGCUGAGAAAGAUGCUGUAAAUGAUUCUGGAGAAACAGAGUUUGGCAGCUAUGCAGAUGCUCUGUGGUGGGGAGUAGUGACUGUUACAACUAUUGGCUAUGGAGAUAAAGUGCCACAGACCUGGAUAGGAAAGACAAUUGCAUCUUGUUUCUCAGUGUUUGCAAUCUCAUUUUUUGCACUGCCUGCGGGAAUUCUUGGUUCAGGCUUUGCCCUAAAGGUACAACAGAAACAAAGACAGAAGCAUUUCAACCGUCAGAUUCCAGCUGCUGCCUCACUUAUACAGACUGCAUGGAGAUGCUAUGCUGCAGAAAACCCAGACUCUUCUACAUGGAAAAUAUACAUUCGAAAACCUGCCAGGAAUUAUCAUUUGCUGUCGCCCAGUCCAAAACCAAAGAAAUCGGUGAUGGUUAAAAAGAAGAAGUUUAAGUUAGAUAAGGACAAUGGGCCUUCUUCUCCGGACAGGAUGUUGGCUAUACCACACAUCACUUACGACCACGUGGCAGAGGACAGGAAACCUGAUUUCAGUUUUGAACCAUUUGAAAAUUCUGGACAAACAGGAAUGUUAAAAUUGCUUGAUUGUCAGCGCUCCUGGCCAUCCUUUUCCGCAGACCAGCAGUCUUCCAGCGCUCCUUCCUCUCCAGUAAAAAAGAGCCCGGUGUUUCUAGAUGUGAACACAGGACCCUUCAUCAGGACCAGCAGCUUUGCCGAUGAGCUUGACCUGGAGGGUGAGACACUGCUGACCCCAAUAACUCACAUCUCGCAGCUGCGGGAGCACCACCGCGCUGCCAUCAAGGUGAUUCGGAGGAUGCAGUAUUUUGUGGCAAAAAAAAAGUUCCAGCAAGCCAGAAAGCCCUACGAUGUCCGAGAUGUUAUUGAGCAAUAUUCACAGGGCCACCUCAACCUGAUGGUGCGAAUCAAGGAGCUACAGAGGAGGUUGGACCAGUCCAUAGGAAAGCCGUCUCUUUUUAUCUCCGUCUCAGAGAAAAGCAAAGAUCGAGGCAAUAACACGAUUGGUGCCAGGCUGAACAGAGUGGAGGAUAAGGUCACACAAAUGGACCAGAAGCUGAACCUCAUCACGGACAUGCUGCAUCAUCUGGUUUCCCAUCAGCAGGGGGAUCAGGGGAACAAUAGAUCAUCUCAGAGAGGCAACAACAAUGUCAGUUCAGAGCUUUUCCUCCCAAACAACACCCUGCCCACCUACGAGCAGCUGACAGUACCGGGCAGAAAUGAAAACGACAUAUCCUGAUGUAGUGCAAGUCUGGGUUGGGUUGUUCCUACUUUUCUCCUCUGAACAGGACUGAGCAUUGAGAACCUGGGAGAAAUUAAGUUCAUCAGCCAACCGAGAAAUCAUGCAACUGCUAUAUCUACACCACUAGUCUCAAACAUGCUCUCCUAAAGUUACCCACAGUGGCCAAAGGAUUGCCAGGCUGUCUUCCACCAGGCAAAACCUCUGGGGCCUCCACGCUGAUUUUGUUCCUGAACAAAUGAUCGCAACUCGCUAUUUCUCAAAAAGACCAAAAUGGCAAGGAUUUAGAGCUCCUGAUAAUAAUAAUAAUAGUAAUAAUAAUAUUCUAAUAAUACUUGAACUUAGAUGGAAAAAAAUGCAUUCUGUUUAUGAAUCUGCAGAUAGCAAUUUAUUUCUACUACUAAGGUUUUUAAAACAAACUAGGAUAAUUUAUGUUGUUUUUAUUGUGUAAACAUACACUAACAUUCUAGACAAUAACAAACCACAUACUGAAUGAUUUUCUUUUUCUGUUUUAUUUUAGUGUUACUACAUAAACAGUUAUCAGAUAAUGACCAGAUUUUUAAAAUCUGUUUUUCUUCAGGGAGGAACUAAUCCUUAAUCUAGAACAAUACUAUUUAUAGUGGAAAGUCCUAUAGAUUUUCUAAGACACCAGUUUUUCAUGGGGAGACAAUAAAGUAUUAGAAUAUAGCAAAAAAUCAUUCUGCUUCCUAGAAAAUUGUUGCCAAAGAAUUUAUAUAUAAAUAGAAAACACGGUGGUCUGAAUGUACUUGUCCUGAGCAUUUUAAAAGGAAGGCUUUCUACUUCUUAAAUCUACUUACAGAUGCCAAGAAUAAUACAAGAGGCUGAAGUGGCUGGACUUCACUGGUCAAGUGUUUGAGCUGGCCACUCACAGAACAUCCAUAAUCCUUGCAGGAAUCAAGGCUUCAGUUCAGGAAAGCAUCUCUAAUCCACACAGCACAUAUGACAAUUUUAAUGUUUUCACGAAUAGUGUCUUGAGAAACUCAACUGUCUACAAGAGCUGUUUGGUAUGGACAAGUGCCAGCUCUUUAUCUAGGGAAUUGAGGGCCUCAGCUAUAACCCAUGGGGCUGAACCACGCUGCCCCACAUGAUGACUGCAAUGAAACCAACAGUGUUGGCUCAGUGUUGAGUUCUCACACACACAACUUGAGCAGGAGUUGGGCUUUGAUUACAAAGGCUGAAAUUACUAAGCCUUUGCAGAGACUCAGCACCUGAAUCAUACCAGUCCCUAAAGCUGACAGCCUCAGGAAAAGCUCUUUAGUCCAACAUGGUGGUAGUGGUAGCUCAAACUGCUGGGGAAACAAGAGCUGUAGACAGAUUUACCAACCCUUGCACUUUGAGCAUCCUUCAGAUCCAGUGCACCCUGUUCCCCUCGCUGCAGAGCCUGUACCCCACAGUGGUCUCCCUCUCCUGGGGGAUGCCCUAAAGCCUCAUACCUCAGCACAGCAGUUAGUAUUACCAGUUUUUUGACCAAUAUAACCAAUCUGAAAUACUCAUGAGUAAUUAAUGGGAUCACAGGGAACCUUCUCAUAGGGAACUCUCAGAUUCUGGGCUUUCUUUCAAACAUUUCAUCACUUUCAGAGAAAGUCUUGCAUUAAAUAUCGUGUAUUUAACUUCCCAGAUUCUGUUACAGUUGUCCAGCCUCUCUGUUGUACAGUAGGUAAAUGUUAAGGGUGUAGAAAUUUACAGGCAUAAAAAAGAAUUAUAUCAGGGUGUUAUGUUUUCGUAGCAAUCAAAUUUAUUCUCCUGAUUUUGAACAUUUUUUAAAUGAGAUUCACUAUGUAAUUUCAGGUUAUCAAUCAGCCUGUUCAUUUCCUAAUAAAAUACAGGACAAGAGUGCCAUGUCUUUUGGUUAUUCUACAAUCCAGACACUUGAUAUACACAAGAAAGAGGAUGGCAUUUCUUCUCCUUUCUCUCUCAGCCCACUGUGCAGUGUAAAUGUACUUUAUUUGCAAUGCAUGACUCUAAGCCUUCUGCUGAUUCUUCACUAGAGAAAUAAAAGAAAAUGCAGACUUUAUCAGCAGAGAUGACUGGAGUGAAAGGUGUGUCACGUUGCCCUGGCUGAAAGUAGAUAGGUCUGUGCAUUUCUAGGAGCAUUGUUUUAAACAGAAAAUGUGUCCAUUCCUGCCUGUUUGUUCCCAAGACCACAUUCUCUCUGUGACACCUAAUCUUGGUGGUAACAGUCUGGCACAGCAAACACUUAAUGUAAAACAUAAUUUCCCUUUCUUGUCAGUUGGUCUGUAACCAUCUGAAAGUCUCCAUUGGAAUCAGAUUCAUUGGAAUCACUGGAUUUUACAGGUUUUUAAGGCUGGUGGCCAGUUGUGAGGUCAGUGAUUCUUCACCGGAAUCCAGCUGUUCCUUUCAGAAAGUACAAAGCUCUGAGAUCUACUACUUCAAACCUUAUAAUCGACCUUGCCCUAAGGAAAAGAUGAUCCAUUUUCCUUGUUGAAGAGGGCUGGUAUAAAAUGAGCCAUCCAAAUUUGCCAUGCAGCUGCCUGGAGCCAGCCAUCCCCAAAGGGCUCACCAGAGACAGAUCUGACCUUUCUGCUUGGAGGACUGACUGGAAUUAUCUGCCCUGCUGGGGCUUCAUAUCUCAAUGACUUCUCCGAAGCAGGUGCCUCAGCAUCUUUCUUGCACAGAUCACUGUAGAACAGCAGCAGUGGGAAGAUGAGCUGAGCAGUCCAACAUUGGAGCAGCCUGAAGUAACCAGCAUGCAGUGAAUUUUUGCUAAAACCUUUCCUACUGGUGUCUCCUGCUCAGCCAAACUCUCCAAAGUGAGGUUUUUAAGUAGAUAGGAAAUGUUUGUAAGUAUCUUGAAGGGGAGCAAAGGAAAAUGUAAGGCAGGCCAAACUUU